CAAUUGCGCGCACACAGACACCCAGCAAAAAAAGACACAUAUAGAGAUGGGUAAGCUACCUAUGAUUUUCAUGCUCUUCUCAGUGGUCAUAGCGAUUCCUGUAGCUCAGGGAAUUCUUCAAGACCCUAAAGCAGUUGAAGCCUGGUUCCAAAAGUUAGCCCACGCCAAAGAAAAGGUAACCAAACUUCACUUCUAUUUUCACGACAUAGUUACUGCCAAGAACCCAACUGCUAUUCAGGUGGCUCAAUCCAGAGUGACUGCUAAAUCACCCACUUUAUUCGGCCUAGUUCGGAUGUUUGACAACAUACUGACGGCAGGACCCGAACCCACUUCCAAGAUGGUGGGUCGAGCCCAGGGGUUCUACGGUUCGGCCGGAUUGGAGGAAUUUAGUUUGCUCAUGACCAUGAACUUGGUGUUCAUUGAGGGAAAGUACAAUGGCAGCACUCUAAGUUUUCUGGCCCGGAAUGCAGCAUUGAAUCCCCACCGUGAGAUGCCGGUCGUUGGUGGGUCCGGUAUUUUCCGACUGGCACGCGGAGUCGGUACGGCAACGACGUAUUCCUUUGAUUUUGCCACGGGAAAUGCUAUUGUGGAGUACAAUGUCAUGGUCAUACAUUAUUGAGUCUUGGUGAUCACAUGGUGGUUUUCCUAGUAAAAUUAAUGUCAUGGUCGUGCAUUAUUGAGUCAUAGUGAUUUUCCUUCUCUCUCUGUUUGCCUUUGUCUUUCAUUUACACUAGAGACUGUAGUAUUUGUGGGAUUCUCUUUACCCAAUGGUAAGAAUAAAUUAAGUUUUGUCCA